CUAUACCAGUAUAACUGGUCAAACAUUCCCGUGUGGACAAGGCCUCAUGCCUUUUUUUGCUGCUUACCUCUGAGCUGCAUACAAAGAUAAUCUUUGUCUCACAUUUGGCCGUUUUGUGUAAGGGUUAUCAGUUUUGAAAAGGCAGCCUAGCUUCUGACCAUCACUGAUUCUUCAUUUUAAAAUAGAUCCUUUUUGCUGUACGGUUUUGUCUCAUUCCUCUAGUGUCUGACACUGUUUUAAAGAUGACACCACCUCCAUUGCUUGUACGUUAUUCCUGUGGCUCUCUCAUGAGAGGUCAUGUCAGUGACAAAACUUUGUCAGGCAUCAUUGCCCUUUAGUAGCUUAAGCUAUGAAUGAAAUGAACUAGAACUGCAUGCCUGACUUGCAGUAAAGGAUCAUAGUCUGCAGGAAUGAAAGUGACACUUAUUCAUGUGAGUAACUUUACACGUCUGAAUCGUUCCUGCGAAUUUGAGGGACCACUCAGUGCGUAAGUGUCAAAAGUGUGCAUAAAUAUAUUCAGUGAAAAACGCAGAGCUUCUUACUCUGUGGUUCCCAGUACACCAGUCAGUAUCUCCUGGUUGGCAGGAAAGCGCUGUAGAUUCCUGUAUGACCAGAAUCCACUGGGUUGUGACUGCCAGUAGGAGAGCUACAUUACACUAGCUUCUUCCAAAUAAAUGAACUUGGCAUUUUGAAUGGAAAAUGAUCAAGCCACCAGCAUGCAGAGAGUUUGGCCGCCUCCAAAACUGCUUUUAAAACAACUUUUUAUUUGUACAGUGUGUACACGCUUGUUUGUAUUUCACAAAAACUAUUUUUUGCAUCUCUCAUGCAGCAGCUAUAGCAACAUGAACUUACCCAACAUGGCAUCUGCAAACUUCAAGGGGACGUCAACUUAAAAUCACUAAUAGUGUUACAAGUAACAGCAAAAAAGACUAUAACAGAAGGAAAUUAGAGGAAAAUGAUAGGUUCUUUUCUUUGUUUGUUUACACUGGGCAUUUGACAUCCCUUCAUGUAGGCAUUUUCACUCUGUCUGGGUCUUUCACACAGCAACAGGGACGAGAAACAUUUAACAGAAAUUAGGAGUGUGUGAUCAUCGAAACUAGCAGGCUAAUUAAAGGGCCGUUGUAAGAGCUGAUGGUAGUCUUAACUCUCACUUUAGAAACUGACUCGAUUGCAAGCUGGAGGCAGCCCUUAAACCUCCUCUGUCUGGGUAUAAAGUUCUGUCUAGGGUGCGUGACGCUUUGUUGACAAAGUUCGCUUCAGAUCUUCACAGCACUAAUUUCAGAAGAAAAUAGCUGGGUAGCUAAUAUUCAUGUCACAUGUCAGCCCAGGGCAGUUGAACCUUUUAUGGGCCUCAUUUCAAGUUUAUAAUUCUAAUAAAGAUGUCAGAAGAUGUCAUUUCUCACAUCAGGACAGCGGCGCUGUCGGAGUAAAGAUUGCACAGUGCGGAGGAGUCUUCAGCAUGCUCAGGAAUGGGAUGCAGAGUCACAGCGCCUGAUGUCUUCCCAGCCCCCCGGUGUCCCUGAAUGCAUGUGUGUGCAGACAGCAGAGAUUUCGAUGUGGACCCUAGUGGCUGCCAUCCAAGCUGUGGAGAGAAAGGUGGAUUCGUUUGCCACACGGUUGCUGAGUCUGGAGGGGAGAACUGGGACGGCUGAGAAGAAAAUAUUCGAGUGUGAGAAAACAGAGUUGGAGUUUGGAAACCAGCUGGAGAGUAAGUGGACUGCGCUGGGAACUCUGAUCCAGGAGUAUGGGCUGCUGCAGAGGAGACUGGAGAACAUGGAGAACCUGCUGAAGAACAGGAACUUCUGGAUCCUGAGGCUUCCUCCUGGUGUUAAUGGAGAAGUCCCAAAGGUGCCGGUGAUAUUUGAUGACAGCGCCGUCUUCUCCCAGGAGGAGUGGGAGAACUUAGAAGACUGGCAGAAGGAGCUGUACAAGAAUGUGAUGAAGGGGAAUUAUGAAUAUAUGAUCUCACUGGCAGACUAUGCAAUUUCCAAACCUGACAUCCUGUCCCGAAUUGAGCGAGGAGAAGAGCCGUGUGCGAGGGGUCAGCAGGAGUCGGAGGAAAGAGAAACCACUGCAGAUCCCAGCACAGAGUCUGCGAUUUCUACCCUCGCAAUCUCCGCUCAGAUUAAACAAGAGGAAGAGCCAAUUGCUGAGGAGGAGCAGAAUGCAGACAAAAGAGAAGCCCCUACAGAGCCCAUGGCAGCUGACGGCUGGAAGAACAAAAAGGAGCAAGAUUCACAGGAGCUGAAGCCUCAUUGGACCUCGGCCCAAAGGCCGGAAGAGAAUAUUUACCAUAGUGCCGAGCACAGCCUGCCCUGCGAGGGUCAGUACGGCUCCAAUGGGCCAAACGUGACCCUGGCAGUACAUAUGCCAGAGAAACCCACCCAGCACGAGAGAGACUUCAGCCCCUUGAAAGCCAGCACCGUGUCCCCGGGGGCCCCCACGACGGAGCGGCCCUAUCUCUGCCCCGAGUGCGGGAAGUGCUUCAGCCGCAGGGAGCACUUCGUGAAGCACCAGCGCACCCACACGGGCGAGCGCGCCUACGUGUGCCCCGAGUGCGGCAAGGGCUUCACGCAGCAGUCCAACCUCACCAACCACUGCCGCACCCACACGGGCGAGCGCGCCUACGUGUGCCCCGAGUGCGGCAAGGGCUUCACGCAGCAGUCCAACCUCACCAACCACUGCCGCACCCACACGGGCGAGCGCUCCUACGUGUGCCCCGAGUGCGGCAAGGGCUUCACGCAGCAGUCCAACCUCACCAACCACCUCCGCACCCACACGGGCGAGCGCGCCUACGUGUGCCCCGAGUGCGGCAAGGGCUUCACGCAGCAGUCCAACCUCACCAACCACCUCCGCACCCACACGGGCGAGUGCGCCUACGUGUGCCCCGAGUGCGGCAAGGGCUUCACGCAGCAGUCCAACCUCACCAACCACCUCCGCAUCCACACGGGCGAGCGCGCCUACGUGUGCCCCGAGUGCGGCAAGGGCUUCAUCCACCAGUCCACGCUCACCACCCACCUCCGCACCCACACCGGCGAGAAGCCCUACAAGUGCAGCGUGUGCGCCAAGGGCUUCAGCCGCCUCUCCACCCUGCUGGAGCACCAGCGCACCCACACCGGCGAGAAGCCCUACAAGUGCCUGGAGUGCGAGAAGCACUUCAGCCGCCUCUCCACGCUGGUGGAGCACCGGCGCACCCACACCGGCGAGAAGCCCUACAAGUGCGCCCAGUGCGAGAAGAGCUUCACCCGCCUCACCAACCUGACCGUGCACCAGAACACCCACGCCGGCGAGCGCGCCUACAAGUGCGCCCAGUGCGGCAAGAGCUUCGCCCAGAAGCCCUACUUCCUCAAGCACCUGCGCAACCAUACCAAGGAGAAGCUCUACAAGUGCCUGGAGUGCGGCAAGAGCUUCGUCUGCCACUCCUGGCUGGUGCGCCACCAGAUGAUCCACACGGGCGAGCGGCCCUACCCGUGCGGCGAGUGCGGGAAGAGCUUUGUCCAGAAGGAGCACCUCUUGAAGCACCAGCGCAUCCACACGGGCGAGCGGCCCUUUCAGUGCUCUGCCUGCGCCAAGAGCUUCCGCUGCCAGCAGUCCCUGAGACUGCACCAGUGCGCGCAGGCCGGCCAGCUGGGCGGCACGCCGGCUGCGCCGGGGACAGAGUUCAAGAGCCCACUGCUGUACCCGAAAAUGGAAAAUACAGGGGAGUAGGGGGGUGAGCCCUGCUUUGGGAGCUGCAAUGGGAGAGCCACUCCAUGUGAAACGCUGCGGUGAAUCGCACGCCCUCUCUGCAUGCCGGAUGGGAGGGGGAGCGCUGGACGCGAGGGAUGGUGACGCAAGACUGUAUUGAAUGUGAGCUACAAGCAGCCGUUACGUGCCGGGCCCGGGGUAGAGACUCCACAACGGACUGAACGAUGCGUUGGAAGCGUCUAAGCGGCCACAGCUGUUUUGUUUGUACGAACAGUCUCCUGACCGCUGACACCGCCAGCGGGAACGUCGCCAGCAGGCUCUGCUCUGCGGGGAUGGUGCAGGGCAGGCCUACGAGCUGCUGUCGCAGAAUGCUGCUGUAACGUGAACGACUUCCUACGUGACUGCAGAAGUGGCACACAGGCUGUUGGGAGUGAGCGUCGGCAGGUGUGCUGGGUUAACAGUACUUUGUCCCCCAGGUCCUCCAGUGCUACAGACCAAUGCGGUCUGCUUGCUGGCGCUGGGCGGCUUCCUGCAGUCAGUACGGCUGGGGACUCGGAGGUGCGGCGAGGCUGAGACGGGCCUGAAAGCCAGAGGCAGAACCAGGUCUACAAUACAGGCCGCCUAUGCUCUUACCUCUCUGCCUCACCACCUUCAGCCCUCAUGAAAGGGAAGCUGAGCUCCACCCUGGCGGGUGAGAGCAGGAAUGCAGCAUCUGGCUCGCUUGCCCGUCCGUGGAAGCGAUUGGUACACUUGAAGCAGUGAUUUCUGUUCUAUUUGUGACUGUUCUAUUUGUGACACUCCUGCUUCCCACUGCAACUCGUGGUGGGGGCGUACCCUCAAAUACCCUGGAGCAGCAGCAAAAAAUAAAGUUAAGCUGGGUGCAGGGUGGUCAAAGCGUGUCAGUAAGGUGUGAUGACUCUGUCCCAGGUCCUGGAGCUGCCGCAGGAAGGCAGACUCUAGGAGUAUUUCACUUUAAAGGUCAAACCACGUAAUUCAGCUGUUAAAAGGGCAGUGGGGGAAUUGGGGCCAAGCUCAAUUCCGAUGAACAUUGCCCGACCUAGGAGUAGCGUGGGUGCUUGUGAGAACUCUCCAGAGCAGGCAUUGCGUCCGCCACAGCAGCGCUAGUUACAGUGCAGCGUAAGGUUGGUGCUUCGGCCCUCCUCUGCUAAUCACACUGCGGAUCUGCUCUGGCUAGGAGCUAUUUACCUUCCCAGUAGCCGCCUGCAGGCCUCCCUCAAAUGAGACCUGCAGCUACAAGCUUCUGAUGCUUUCAGGCCUGUCUACACAGCUGGGUUUUUGUUUGUUUGGGGGGGCCCUUGGCUCCCUGAAGAG